AUGUGCCGCUUCUUGGUCUACAAAGGCAGCGAUGAAAUCCUGCUCUCGAAACUAAUUCUCGAUCCGACUCACUCGAUCCUUAAGCAGUCAUUUGAUUCACGGUUACGACUCGACACACGACGAGGCCAAAACAACGCCGAUGGCUUUGGCAUAGGCUUCUACACCGAUAUCAAACUCGGGUCGGCACCCUGCCUGUUCACAUCUACUAUCCCCGCGUGGAACUGCACGAAUCUUCAGCGCAUCGCAUCCAAGACUGCAUCUCGAUUAAUAUUCGGCCAUGUUCGAGCGACGACCGAGGGCUCUCUGAGCGAGGACAACUGCCACCCAUUCACACAUGGAAGCUUGAUGUGGAUGCAUAACGGUGGCCUUGGUGGCUGGAAACACAUCAAACGACGUCUGGGAAGCCUACUGGCAGAUAAAUGGUAUCUCGGCGUGAAGGGAGGAACGGACAGCGAAUGGGCAUUCGCCCUGUUUCUCAACACGCUUGAACAGUCAGGCUACGACCCGAGCGCAUGCCCGGUCAACGGAUUUGGACCAACAGUGCUGCGUACCGCCAUGGAGAAGACGAUUGCUCAAAUCAACGAGUUAACCGACAGCAUCCCUCAAAGCAUCCUGCAGAACGAGGAUGUUGACACCAGAAGUCUGUUGAACUUUGCCGUAACAGACGGCCACAGCGUCAUCUGCACCCGCUACAUCAGCAGCUCCAAGGAUGAGGCCGCCAGCCUAUACUAUUCGUCUGGAACGCAAUGGGUUACGAGAACUCCAUCGCCGGAUGAUCGACAAUACCAAAUGGAUAGAAAAGACAAAGGGGGCGAUAUUGUCCUCGUCGCAAGCGAGCCACUGACGUUUGAAAGAGAAAAUUGGGUCAAUGUUCCUACCAACUCGAUACUGACGAUUCACCGGCAAACUGUCAUGGUUCAUCCCAUCAUGGACAAAUACUACGAAGGAGAUCCAUAUCACGUUCGCUCCAGCGCAUUCGUCCAAGAAAAGGGUCUCAUUACCAAUGAAAAGGCAACCAGUGGUUCUCAAAGCCCGGCUAGUAUUGACAGCACGCGAAAGACCAUCGCCCAGUCAGUCUUUCCUCGUGGUCUCAGCCCUGAUCUAGUACGAAGAUCGCUCACGCCGGUCUCUUCUCGGGAAUCACGACUCACCUCCCAGCUCCAAACAGCACAAUAUCUGGCUUCGCCGCCGCGCUGA